UUUGUUUGGUGAUCAUUUGUUCAUCCCUAAAAUUACGAAAGCUAAUGUAACUUAAUAACACACGUGUUUGUUAAAUACACAGAAGAAACAAUAAUGGAGCACGAUGGUUAUGACUACGACGGAGAAGAAGAUAUUUGCAGAAUGUGUAGAAGUGAAGGAAAACUAGAAAGUCCACUUUACUAUCCUUGUGUUUGUAGAGGGACUAUGAAAUAUGUCCAUCAAGAAUGUUUACAGACAUGGCUCAAAUUCAGCAAAAAUGAAUUCUGUGAAGUCUGCACUCAUCGUUUUUCUUUUGUACCAAUUUAUUCUUCUGAUAUGCCUCCCAAAAGUUCGUUAAAAUAUUUUUUUUCUACAACAAAAACUCUCACAUUUAGAGCUUUGAAAUGGUUCUUUGUACUGUAUCUAUGGAUAGGGAUUCUCCCACUUUGUAUUGCAAGGAUUUCUACAUUUAUGUUCAAUGGAUCAUUAAAUACUACAUUGAUGCUACCCAUGGAAGUAGUUAAAAUAGGGAAUAUUUUGACUGAUAUCCUGAUCGGAUGGAGUAUAAUACUGUGUGUUCUAUUCGGAUUCUUCAGCAUGGUUUAUCUACAGGUACAUAUCAGUACAGAAGGAGGUCCUGAAUGGUUAGAGAUUGUGGAACACAAUUUCCUAUAUAAUAUGGAUUUAUUUGAAGAUACAACUGAUAUGAGCAAUGAAGAUACUGUGGAUGCUAAUUACAACCAGUACUUUAAUCAAAACAGUGUGCAUAGCCAAGGAGAAGAUCUUGAAAUUGAAGAACGUUCAUGGGCAGAGAUUCUUGGGUUUGAAGGUACAAGCUAUUUUCUUAGAAAUGUUGUCUGGGCCCUUGCAUUAUUAAUAGGAGUUGUUUUCAUAUUUGCUCUAUGUCCUGUCAUCUUUGGACGUUAUGUCUUUACUAUAUUUCAACUAAAAGAAGUUAUUAGUGCUUCUAUGCUUUCACCAUUUGAAGAAAUCCUAAGUGCUCUCAGUGGAUAUGUGGUCCUGGGAUUCAUUCUUAUUAUUUUCUAUUAUGUGUCUUUGUUAUUCAGAUUUUUUUUUGCAAGUUGGUGCAUAGGAUUAUGCUAUCUCAGUCUGAAGGUUUUCCAUCUGAUUGUAUUAGAGGCUGUUUUAUUCCCAAUUUUUUGUGGGAUUUGGCUUGACUUUUGUUCAUUG